AGCGCGGGCACCGGUGCCCCGGCCGGGGUCUGCCGGGAAGAUGGCGACCCCGGGCAUGAGCUGGCAGCAGCACUAUUACGGCGGCUCGGCGGCCGGGGCGGCCAAAUUCGCGCCCUCGCCGGCCGCCGCGCAGCAGGCGGGGCACUGCAUGGACUACAGCCAGGACUUGCACCUGAAAAUGAGCAAGAAAAUCGCCCAGCUCACCAAGGUAAUAUAUGCUUUGAACACUAAAAAUGAUGAGCACGAAUCUGCAAUUCAAGCCCUCAAAGAUGCUCAUGAAGAAGAAGUCCAACAAAUUCUUGCAGAAACAAGAGAAAAAAUAUUGCAGUAUAAAAGCAGAGUAUCAGAGGAGUUAGAUCUUAAGAGAAAGAUUCAAGUUUUAGAAGUAUCAUUAGAAGAUCACAUAAAAAUGAAGCAGCAGGCUUUGACAGAAUUUGAGGCUUAUAAGCACAGAGUUGAGGACAUGCAACUUUGUGCAGAAGCCCAGCAUGUCCAACGCAUAGUAACCAUGUCUAGAGAGGUUGAAGAGAUUAGAAGGAAAUUUGAGGAAAGAUUACGGAGUUUUGGACAAGUCCAAGUACAGUUUGAAAAAGACAAACGGUUGGCAUUGGAAGAUUUGCGAACUGCUCACAGACGGGAGAUCCAAGAGCUGCUGAAGUCACAGCAGGAUCACAGUGCCUCAGUUAGUAAAGGACAGGAGAAAGCGGAGGAGCUGCACAGAAUGGAGGUGGAGGCCUUAAACAAGACACUGGAAGAGCUAAGGCUUGAGCGGAAAAAGCUAAUUGAGGAUUAUGAAGGCAAGUUGCGUAAAGCUCAGUCCUUUUAUGAACAUGAGCUAGAUACUUUGAAAAGGUCACAGCUUUUUACAGCAGAAAGCCUCCAGGCUAGCAAAGAAAAGGAAGCAGAUCUUAGAAAAGAAUUUCAGGGACAAGAAGCAAUUUUACGAAAAACCAUAGGAAAAUUAAAGACAGAGUUACAGAUGGUACAGGAUGAAGCUGGAAGUCUCCAUGACAAAUGCCAGAAGCUUCAGGUAGCACUUGUUACAGCAGAGAACAGUGUUCAGGUUCUUCAAAAACAGCUUGAUGAUGCCAAGGAGGGAGAAAUGGCCUUAUUAAGCAGGCACAAGGAAGUGGAAAGUGAGCUAGCAGCAGCCAGAGAACGUUUACAGCAGCAAGCUUCAGAUCUUGUCCUCAAAGCUAGUCAUAUUGGAAUGCUUCAAGCAACUCAAAUGACCCAGGAGGUUACAAUUAAAGAUCUAGAAUCAGAAAAAUCAAGGGCCAAUGAGAGGUUAUCUCAGCUUGAAGAAGAAAGAGCUUUCUUGCAAAGCAAAACCCAGAGUCUGAAUGCAGAGCAGAAGCAGCAGAUCUUGGAACUGGAGAAGAAAGUAAAUGAGGCAAAGAAAACUCAGCAAGAAUAUUAUGAGAUGGAGCUAAACAACCUGCAAAAUAGACUGGAAGGAGAGGUGGCUCAAUUAAAUGAGGCCCAUUCUAAGACUUUGGAAGAAUUAGCUUGGAAGCACCAUAUGGCAAUUGAGGCUGUCCACAGUAAUGCGAUGAGGGAUAAGAAAAAACUGCAAAUGGAAUUGGAGGCACAACAUAAAAAGGAAAAGCUAAACCUGGAAGAGGAUAAAAAUCAGCUUCAACAAGAGCUAGAAAACCUGAAGGAAGAACUGGAAGACAAGCUGAAUUCAGCCAAUCAAGAGAUUGGCCACCUCCAAGAAAUGGUAAGCAAAAGUGAACAAGGUCUUGGCUCUGCAGAAGGACUCAUUGCUAGUCUUCAGGACUCCCAGGAAAGACUUCAGAAUGAGCUGGACUUGACUAAAGGCAGGCUGAAGGAGACCAAGGAUGCUCUAUUAAAUGCUGAGAGUGAGCUAGAACAAGAAAGGCAACAGCAUGAAGAAACACUUGCUGCCAUGAAAGAAGAGGAGAAACUGAGAGUGGACAAAAUGGCCCAUGACUUAGAGAUAAAAUGGACUGAAAACCUUAGACAAGAGUGUUCUAAGCUUCGCGAAGAGUUAAGGCUUCAACAUGAAGAGGAUAAAAAGUCAGCAAUGUCUCAACUUUUGCAGUUAAAAGAGCGAGAGAAAAAUGCAGCCAGGGAUUCAUGGCAGAAAAAAGUAGAAGAUCUCUUAAACCAGAUUUCCUUGCUGAAACAGAAUCUGGAGAUGCAGCUUUCCCAGUCUCAGACCUCUUUGCAGCAACUGCAAGCCCAGUUUACACAAGAACGACAACGACUUACACAAGAGCUUGAAGAAUUAGAGGAACAGCAUCAACAAAGACAUAAAUCUUUACAAGAAGCACAUGUCCUUGCAUUUCAAACUAUGGAAGAAGAAAAGGAAAAGGAACAAAGAGCUCUUGAAAAUCAUUUACAACAGAAACAUUCUGCAGAGCUUCAAUCAUUAAAAGAUGCACACAGAGAGUCAAUGGAGGGCUUCCGGAUAGAAAUGGAACAGGAACUUCAGACGCUUCGGUUUGAAUUAGAAGAUGAAGGAAAGGCUAUGCUUGCUUCUUUACGCUCAGAACUAAACCAUCAACAUGCAGCUGAAAUUGAUUUGUUACGGCAUAAUCAUCAACAAGAAUUGUCAGCCGCUAAAAUGGAAUUAGAGAGAAGCAUAGAUAUCAGCAGAAGACAGAGUAAGGAGCACAUGUGUAGAAUAACAGAUCUACAAGAUGAAGUAAGGCACAGAGAGCAUCACAUCUCAGACUUGGAUAAGGAAGUACAGCACCUUCAUGAAAAUAUAAAUGCCCUAACCAAAGAAUUGGAAUUUAAGGGAAAAGAAAUUCUCAGAAUAAGAAGUGAAUCCAACCAACAGAUGAGGUUGCAUGAACAAGAUUUAAACAAGAGACUUGAAAAAGAGCUGGAUGUCAUGACAGCAGACCACCUCAGAGAGAAAAAUAUCAUGCGGGCAGAUUUUAAUAAGACUAACGAGCUACUCAAGGAAAUAAAUGCAGCUUUACAAGUGUCACUAGAAGAGAUGGAAGAAAAAUAUCUAAUGAGAGAAUCAAAACCAGAAGAUUUACAGAUAAUUGCAGAAUUAAAAGCCAUGCUUACAGAAAGAGAUCAGGUCAUAACGAAACUAAUGGAGGAUAAUAAAUUUUAUCAGCUGGAAUUAGUCAAUCGAGAAACUAACUUCAACAAAGUGUUUAACUCAAGUCCUACUGUUGGUGUUAUUAAUCCACUGACUAAGCAAAAGAAGAAGAACAAUAAAUCACCAACAAACAGGUUUGUGAGUGUUCCCAAUCUAAGUGCUCUGGAAUCUGGUGGAGUGGGCAAUGGACAUCCUAACCGCCUGGAUCCCAUUCCUAAUUCUCCAGUCCACGAGACUGAGUUCAACAGCAGCAAACCACUUCCACAGCCAGUGCCACCCAAAGAGCCCAAGACAUUUUUGAGUCCUCCUCAGAGUGAAGCUUCCCCGGUGGCUUCUCCAGAUCCCCAGCGCCAGGAGUGGUUUGCCCGGUACUUCACAUUCUGAAAGAAUUGUUUUGGCACAGUUCUAGGUGGACUGUUACUAAAAGCAUGACCUUAUGCAGAUCGUUAUGUGAACAGGGUUUCCUGUGUCAAACACUGUGAAAGUAUUUGUCUCUCCAAUUGAAAAUGCCCUGUAUUUCCUGUGAUAUUUAUUGGAAUCACUCUAUAAGGUACUAUAUUAUGUGUGUAAUUAUAACAGUUAUUUUUAUUUGAGAUGGUGGG